AUGCGCCCCGCGCCGCCCCCGGCCCUGGCCGCGCUGCUCCUGCUGGCGCUGCCCGCCGCCCACGCCGCCUACUUCGGCCUGACCGGCCGGGAGGUCCUGACGCCCUUCCCCGGGCUGGGCACCGCGGCCCCGGCUCAGGGCGGGGCCCACCUGAAGCAGUGCGACCUGCUGAAGCUGUCGCGGCGGCAGAAGCAGCUCUGUCGGCGGGAGCCCGGCCUGGCCGAGACCCUGCGGGAUGCUGCCCACCUCAGCCUGCUGGAGUGCCAGUUCCAGUUUCGGCACGAGCGCUGGAACUGCAGCCUGGAGGGGAGGACGGGCCUGCUCAAGAGAGGCUUCAAGGAGACGGCCUUCCUGUACGCGGUGUCCGCGGCCGCCCUCACGCACACGCUGGCGCGGGCCUGCAGCGCCGGCCGCAUGGAGCGCUGCACCUGCGACGACUCCCCGGGCCUGGAGAGCCGGCAGGCCUGGCAGUGGGGCGUGUGCGGCGACAACCUCAAGUACAGCACCAAGUUCCUGAGCAACUUCCUGGGGCCCAAGAGGGGGAGCAAGGACCUGCGGGCGCGGGCCGACGCCCACAACACCAACGUGGGCAUCAAGGCCGUCAAGAGUGGCCUCAGGACCACCUGCAAGUGCCACGGCGUGUCGGGCUCCUGCGCCGUGCGCACCUGCUGGAAGCAGCUCUCCCCGUUCCGGGAGACGGGCCAGGCGCUGAAGCUGCGCUACGACUCUGCGGUCAAGGUGUCCAGCGCCACCAACGAGGCCCUGGGCCGCCUGGAGCUGUGGGCGCCCGCCAGGCUGGACGGUCCCGCCAAGGGCCUGGCCCCCCGGCCCGGGGACCUGGUCUACAUGGAGGACUCGCCCAGCUUCUGCCGGCCCAGCAAGUACUCCCCGGGCACGGCGGGCAGGGUGUGCUCCCGGGAGGCCAGCUGCAGCAGCCUGUGCUGCGGGCGGGGCUAUGACACCCAGAGCCGCCUGGUGGCCUUCUCCUGCCACUGCCAGGUGCAGUGGUGCUGCUACGUGGAGUGCCAGCAGUGCGUGCAGGAGGAGCUCCUGUACACCUGCAAGCCCUAG